GUAAAAUUCUUUUGCAGGGUCAUGUAGGGAUCCCACCCCUUCUCUGUGUUUUUACUCUGCAGCUCUACACAACUUUACACCUGAAUGAACGCCAAACCUCUGUGGAUAUAUAAAGGGGACCUUGAGGAGGAAUCUCACAGUUACAGUGCAGAAGCAGAGGGAAAGGAAUUAACCAGCUCUGCAGCCAAGCGAAUCCUCCUCUCACCAUGCUUCCUCCUGCCAUUCAUUUCUAUCUCAUUCCCCUUGCAUGCAUCCUGAUGAAAAGCUGUUUGGCUUUUAAAAAUGAUGCCACAGAAAUUCUUUAUUCACAUGUGGUUAAACCUGUUCCAGCACAGCCCAGCAGCAACAGCACGCUGAAUCAAGCCAGAAAUGGAGGCAGGCAUUUCAGUAACACUGGACUGGAUCGGAACAGUCGGGUUCAAGUGGGUUGCCGGGAACUGCGAUCCACCAAAUACAUCUCCGAUGGCCAGUGCACCAGCAUCAGCCCUCUGAAGGAGCUGGUGUGUGCGGGGGAGUGCUUGCCCCUGCCGGUGCUCCCUAACUGGAUUGGAGGAGGCUAUGGAACCAAGUACUGGAGCAGGAGGAGCUCCCAGGAGUGGAGGUGUGUCAACGACAAAACGCGCACCCAGAGAAUCCAGCUGCAGUGCCAGGAUGGCAGCACACGCACCUACAAAAUCACAGUGGUCACCGCCUGCAAAUGCAAGCGGUACACCCGGCAGCACAACGAGUCCAGCCACAACUUUGAGAGUGUGUCGCCUGCCAAGCCAGCCCAGCAUCACAGAGAGAGGAAGAGAGCCAGCAAAUCCAGCAAGCACAGCAUGAGUUAGAACUCAGACGCUCCGGCUGGACUGACUCUAACCAUCUGCUUUACAGAUUGAUUGCUUGGAAGACUCAAGCCUGCCAUUGCUAUUUUCUCACUUGAAAGUAUAAUGCUUUCUGCUUUGAUCAAACCCAGCAAGCUGUCCUAAGAUUCAGGACCUUCUCUGGGAAUAGCUUUUCCUCCUCAAGUUUUUCAAGAUGUGUGUAUGUUCAUGCAUGCAAUUUGCAUUUAAAUUCCAUACAUCCUGUAGUUUUAAUCCCCAUCAUUCAAGAGACUAUUGAUACUAUAAGCAUUGCUCAGUCUUGACAUUUUAAAACAGAAAAGGGCCUCUUUGUUCUUUAGCCUAUUCCUGUCCUUUCCACACAACAUGCCUUCAAAACAGAAAAGCUGAAAAUGUGGUUGCUCUGAAUCUUCACAGUAACAUUUCAGAAAGGUGCUUUUCCAGUCACUUUCAUGGGAAUAGUUUAGCAGCCACCAGUGAUCUUCUUUGAAAGAGGGAGAAAGACCAUGUGACAUUUCACUUCAAAAAUAAGCCCUGUAGCUUUUUACAGUCUCAUAGUUUGCAAUUAUACCCUGCAUGCUGACCCUUGCUUGGAAUGGAAUGCCAGAAAUGCAUGGCAGCAGCUAAUAAGUAAAGCUGAUUAACUAUUUAUUUGUCAAUGUUAUUAUUUAAUGAGCUUUCACAUGUGAUUUUUUUUUUCAAAAAUUUUUGUUAAUUUGUUAAUUUUUUAUGUUUUGAAGCUUUUUCAUGUGCCUAUAUAUUUUCCUAUAUGAUUUGUGGUUGAUCUAGAAAUAUGAAAAUACAUUUUGUAGAUAUGUAAAUUAAAUAUUUUAGGUUCCUUUUUACAUAUGUGUUUCAACAUUAACUUUAUCAAUAGUAUUGAUCUUUUAAAACCAAAAAGAUGCUUUGUAAAGCCGAAAUAUGUAAUACUUUCUUGUUUAGUUUGUGCAAUCAGAAGGUGACUUUACCUUCACUUCUAUUGGUUUCUUUUAACAAAAAUAAACACUAUUAAAGUUAUCGUCCUUGGC